CUGGCAUAUAAAAAGCGCGAUUGAAAGCGGAGUAUGACACACUCGAGUCGACAGAACGCAAGAGCAACAACAAUGAGGAUCUUAGUUAUUUGUCUCUUCUUAGCCACAGCCGUAUUAGCCGGGAAGAAACAUGACAAACGUGGUUUGCUUUUAGGAGACUCCGUUGGUUAUUCAAACGGAAUUGGUUUGGGUGGUUACGCCACUGGUGGAUUAAAAUCUGGUCUAUAUUCCAGUGGAUUGAGUUCUGGAGUUAUCGGUUAUGGUCUCGAUUCCGGACUUGGUUCAGGAUUCUCGUUAAAUGGAGGUAGUUCAGGAGGUGUGAUAUUAGGAGCCAGACCUGAACGUAUAACCGGCGUCACCGUUCAUCGUGAAGUCCAAGUUCCUGUUCCAGUGCCGCAUCCUGUACCGGUCGAAGUAACAAGAACUGUACCAGUACCUCAUCCCGUUCCAGUUAGAGUUGAUCGUCCUUAUCCGGUACCAGUACCCCAUCCAGUUCCAGUCGAAGUUACUCGUCAUGUACCCGUUAAGGUCGACCGUCCUUAUCCUGUACCAGUACCUCAACCAGUUGAAAUCCGUGUACCUCAACCCGUACCUGUUCCAGUUCCCCAUCCAGUACCAGUUCCUGUCUCAGUUGGCCCAUCGAUUUCGUUAGGUUCUACAGGAGCUGGUAGCUUUUCAAGCGGAUUUUCAAGCGGACUAUCGACUGGAUUUUCAAGUGGUUACUCCGAUCUUGGAUCUAGCUUGGCCAGUGGACUUAGUUCUGGAAUAGAUGUCAGCAUUGGUCAUGGAUAUUCUUCUAACGGCGGUGGAUCGAUUAGCGGAGGAGACGCUGGAUAUUCUUAUCCUGUUCCAUCGAAGAAAUGGUGA